UCUGCAAUCGCAGACAGCCAAGUUCUUACAAGUUUUCAUCAGCUCAUAUGUGGAUUACAUUCAAAGGGAUAAGAGAGAACAUCAAAUUGUAGGGGUGGAAAAUUAAAAAUAGAGACCGUGAGAUAUCCUCUGGAUAGCUAUCCGGCAUGUCGUGUGUACUCCGGCAUCAAAGGCAAAGUAUAGCUAGAAUGCAUAUAUGCCCCACUACUGCUCUGUUUACGGUGGGAACACACGAGGAAAAUGGAAUAAAGCACAAAACAUCAGGACCCAGACACUGAGCAGCUCAUGUUACCAAAGCUGCUCAAUAUAUAAGCACCCUGUGACCACAAGGGAACAUCGAUAAAUUCUCAGCGGUCUCGCGGAUUUCACAUUUCUAAACUAUAUGGCCCGGAACAAUGCCACCACAUCAAUCUGCUACAACGAUGCUGCACUACGGAAGUGUUCCUCAAACAUCAGUUGCUCUCAUGAAUUCUUGGGAGCCUUCAUUGAGAUCAUGGGAGGGAAGAUGUGGCGGGUGAACAUGCUGAUAGUCAUGGACGCGGUCUUGGCGGGAGUCAUAGUUGUUAUCGGAGCUUAUGCUCGGCGGUAUCGCUAUCACUCCUUAACGCGCUUCAUCUUCCUUGGAGCUACAACUUUGUACCUCCCCAUCAUCUCCUAUGUUGUCUCCACCAUCGGUUCCAACACCAAUGAUUACAUCCAUGAAGAUGAAGCGUUGGGAACCUUGACAGCAGCAACCUGCCAUGGAGGUUUUCAUCAGUUUACAGUUGUAUCAUGGGCAUUUCUUGUUCAGAUCGUGGUGAUCAAUACCAGCGUAAUAGUCGCCUUUGAUGACAAAGAAGGUCGGAACAAAGGUCCCCCAGUCCAGCUGCUUGUUCAAGGUAUCUGGACCCUUUAUCUUGGUGUCAGUGUCAUGGGCCCGAUUAAGUCCAAUAAGUGGCAAUUUCACCUUGAAUUGAUGCUUUUUGCUGUGAUUUUUGCUAAAAUUGUGUUAAAGUACUAUGCAUUUGAGAAGGCCCGGCAUUCCUUGGCAUUUGGGCGUAAUCCUCGUCUUAUUUCUGGGUACAUGAAGCAUCUACAACUACAAGAAGCAAGUGAACUUGAUGAGCCAUGGGCAGGUCAGGAUGCACAUCCGCCUCCUCCGCUCUUGGUUAUGGGAGAAGAUGAUAUUCAAGUGGAGAAGAAGCCUCACGGGUAUGUAUGCAAAGAUCUCUCAAGAGGAACAUUAAUAAACAGAAUGGGCAUAGUAACCUUUGACAAGGUUUGGCAGUUGGACGACGACAGGCUUGCUAUGUCAAGACCACAACUAAAAGACAUAUGCUUGUCAUUCUCACUGUUCAAAUUGUUGCGAUGUCGGUUCGCGAGGUACGAGUUUGCUAAUGCUGGGUCUAUGAGGGCCCUAAACAAUUUCUUCAGCUUGUUGUUAAAAGAAGGCAACCAUGCAAGGGUAUUUGGGGUGAUUGUAGAUGAACUUUCUUUCAUUCAAGAUUACUACUACUCAUCACUUCCGGUUUCUUAUUCCAAAUAUUGGUUGCCCAUCUUGAGUGUCAGUAUCUCAUUCUUGAGCAUAGUUUACUGCCUUGUGGCUGGAUCAUUCAUCAUCAAGGGUCUCGUAUUGAAAUGGGAGCCCAAAUAUGAGCAUCAGAUGCGCUGUCAUUUAUGGUGCAGCGAAAGGUACUUGAUAAGCGACAUGCAGAAAAAAUAUUUUGGACACUUUCUCUUUGAUGAUGUUCCUUUAUUUUUUCUUCUGGCGUUAGUUGUGAUGGCAGAGGCGAAUUACAUAGCGUCCUACAUUUGCUCUAACUGGACCAAAGUAGCUCUCAUCUGCCACUAUAUCAGACAUGCCUCUUUGCAGCACUCUCUCCGGGUGCAGAAAUGGUUUGUCCUUCUGUUGCAGUGCAAAUGGGAGCUGAUGAAGCAUUGGGACGAAAAAAUGGGCCAGAGCUCAAUAUUGGUGGUUCACCCCAGAACAACCCCACUUGUUCUUCUCAGACGUCUCCUGGGUCUCCCAGACCUAGAUAGGAGUGUUAAGAAGAUACCUGAAGCAGUGAAGGUAUGCAUUAUGCAUACUAUGACACAUUACAUCAGCAUUGGGCAAAGCAAUGGAAAAAAUUCUCUACUCCUGAGCCAAGCUGGUGGCGAAAGGUUCCUGUGGGCCUGCAGUAGUAGCAGCGGUACAUCUGAUAUCAUACUUACAUGGCACAUCGCCACAUGCAUCCUUGAGGUGAGGCAUCCAUACCAAUGUGGCCAAGAACAUGUUCUUGGCCCUAUCUGAAUUACAAGAUUGCU